AUGAAUCUCCUGGCAUCAGACGAUCCGAUAGACUGGCUACAAAAUACAAUAAUAGUUUUUAAAAAAAUUACCGCAUCAUUUCCACGAAUAAUUCCUCUGAACAAUCAAGUAGAAAAGCCCUCAACAAGUCAGCCUCAGCAAGGCCAUCAAAACAAAUUUAAAACUUUACCCAUUAACCUAGUGCUAUAG